AUGCGCUCCUCCCACUGGGGCUUUGAUGUACAGCAUGAUAUGAGAGCAUACUGGUGGACCAAGCUUUUUCUAGAUAGUCAUGCAGAAUUAGCUGAAUUCGACGACCACGUUCUGAAGCGCACAGUCUCACUCGAUAUCCCCCAUCAAUCUCUUCCCCCAGGCUGCGACAAGGCCCCCGUGAAGAUUAUCGCCGACUAUCUUAAUCAUGUUCUGAGAUUCGUGUGGAAACUUAUCUGGCGUCGAUAUCCGGGUCUUAAUUCCGUCGAUUUCACUGUCGAUCUUGUGUAUACCAUUCCUGCAACCUGGUCCGAGCAGGGCGAGCGCUUGAGCCGGGAGGCUGUGGCUCGGGCAUGGGAUUUCAAGAGACCGGAAGAUACGCUGACGGUCAUGCGCGAGCCUGAUGCGGCCGCAGAAACUGUUUAUCGGAAUCUCAAAGACGAUCUUCGGUUUGGAGACGGGAUUUUGAUCUGUGACUGUGGUGGUGGAACUGUGGAUAUCACAACGUAUGUGGUUAUGGAUUGUACUACAUUCAAUUUGUCAAAAAUAACCGCGGUGCAAGGAGCAAAAUGUGGAGGUGCAGCUAUCGAUAGUCGACUUUUUGAUCUCUUGAAAAGCAGACUCCCGGCCUAUACCUUUGAGCAUCUAAACCACCUGAUCGCCCCAGGAAGUCACUUCAUGACGCAAUUCGAAGGGAUCAAAAUGGUGUGGGGAAGAAAAUAUGAGAGUUCGACUUACCACUUGCCACUCCCUCUUAGAAUCGGUCGCUCGGGGUGCGAAAUACCACACUACAACAACGGACACUUCAUUCUCACAAGUGAAGACCUUCAUGCUCUAUUUGACCCAGUGAUCUACAACAUCGCCAGCCUGAUCAACUCACAGAUUAUGGCUGCAAACCAAGCAUACGGGUCCCCAGUGAUCAACGUCAGUAUACUCCCCCGAAGCCCGUGCACCCUGGCUAAAGAGAAAGAUUAUUUUAGAAAAUUGCUCUUGUGGGAGGAAUGGCAUCCUCGCCCUACCUUUACCGCACGCUUCGUCAAUGCUUCGAAAUACCGGGAAGAUUCUCGGUCAUCAUUCCACCCUCUGAGCCUUUAUAGGAGUAUGGCCGUUGCCAAUGGGUCGGUACUCCGGGCUCUACGAAGAGACAAGGUGCUAGAACUCAGAAGUCCUCGCCAUUACGGGCUUGUGUCAGCUUUGUCGCAAAAUGCGAGAGAUUAUCAGCUCCUAGCCGAUAAGGUGCAGGCGCAAGCAGAGAUACAAUGGGUAAUCACAAAGGGUCAGCAAUAUCGACAAGGGCACACAUACAGCAAUGAUCUCUCAUUGUGGUAUCACGAUGGAGAUGCUAGGAUGAUGACAAUUCCCAUAUAUUCUUGCGAGCUAUCAAAUCCUCCAUGUCUUGCAAAUACGGCUCAGUUCAAAGACAUAACUCUUGUUGGCUUCAUUGUUGUUGAUUUAAUGGCUUUUAAUCUUAAAGGUGGAGUUCCUCAGAAGGACCUGGAUACCGGACUGGUCCUUUAUCGUCUGGAUUGUUCUGUCGAGUUCGUUUUUGACGCCGAGAACGGACGCCUAGACUUUGCCGUGAAGAUCCUUGGACAGGUGAUUGGGAAAUGGAGCGUUGGAUUGCGAUUUUAG